AAAAAACACGUGGGAGUAGUCUUGUUAUAGGCGAAUGUAGUGCAGUGGAAAUAUUAAUCGCUCUUUAAUCUUCGUUAUUUCACCUCAAACGGGAGUGUGUGUGCUUGGAGGACCUGAGCCACCUCCACCCCACCCCUGGGGCUUCCUGCCCCAGGAGGAGGAGGAGGAGGAGGAGGAGGAGGAGGAGACGCGGGUGCCCCCCGGGGGACGUGACAGCGGUGACGACGAGCCCCCCGUCCUGCACCCCCUGGCCCCCAAGCCCCACCCCACCUACCACCAGCCACACCAGUCCCCACAGCAGCCUCCGUCACCCGCCCCACACCAGGAGCACCUGCCCCAAGACUGCCUGCCCCGCCCCCACAAGACACCGCCCCCAGCCUCCCCUGUCCAGAAGGAGCGCGCCCCUCACAGGUCCCGCUCCCGCUCCCACUCCUGCUGCAGCACUGUGGCACCCAACAUAGCCACAGCAGGAGAGGCAGGGGAGAGCUCACACACACACACACACACACACACACACACACACACACACACACACACACACACACACACACACACACACACACACACACACACACACACACACACACACACACACACACACACACACACACACACACACACACACACACACACACACACACACACACACACAACACACACACACACAUUACUUAUAUAACUGUCACUAAUUACACACAAGUAAUUCUUUCACAGGCCAAUUAUCAACCCCCAAACUAACCCCCCUCCUCCCAACAGUUCCAUUACCCUUAUGAUGCAGCCAAGGGGACUGACGCCACCACCACCCACCACCACCACCACCACAACAAGGGUUAUUCAAGUGGGGAACAUGCUUCAGGUGUUGCCCCAAGAUGCCUCAGCUCCGCAGCCCCACUCCGCCAUGAUAGUGCAGACAGGGAAUGUCAUACAGGAGGCCACGUCAGAGGUGCCUGUGGUGGGGUCGCCAGUUCCGGAGUACGAGGUGGAGGAGGAAGAGGAAGAGGAGGACGAGGAGGAGGCACGGAUGAGGAAGAAGAAAAGAUCAUUAGCUGUAGCUCUCCCUCCAGCUGAUAAGGGGAUAUUAAUGAGGCCUUCCUACAGGUACUCUCCCAGCCGUGUCACAGCUGAUGAUGAUGAUGAUGAUGAUGAUGCCAUGCCCACCCCCAGCCUGAGCCACCCUCCACCCACCCCAGCCCUCACCAAGCCUCCUUCAGUACCCCUCCACACCACCACCACCACCACCAGCGACGCAACAGCCUCAUCUACCUCAGCCGGCCCACCCCCUGGCCCGACCCCCUCCCUGACAGUGGCCCCCCCCACGGCAGGCAAGAAGAAGAAGGAGGAGAAAGUAUCAAUAAUCGUACAGAUUCGCGACGAGGAAUCCAGACUGAAACAGGCGCUGGGUUUAAAGAACAUAAUUUUCAACCCUUACGGUCCUGGCCUGGCCCCGAUUGCCAAGCUGCUGGACACCCCUGAGGAGCUGAAGCGUUUUGAGCCCAAGGGCUGCACCAUGAAGGGUCCGGCCGGAGGAGAACGAGGCUCGGCAGAACAGAGACAAAGAACGGCGGCGCAGGGACAGGCCGGAGAGGGUCGACAGAAUGGACCGCCCCAGGGCAAAGGAGAGGGACAGACGCACGGACGCACAGGCCACGCAGGUCUGCUCCAUCCACCCACCCGUGCACAGAAAUGCUGGUAUCUCCACGUUGACAACUGGCCAGAGGAAGUAAGGACAGUACCUUGUGUCCCUGCCUCUGCUACCCCACCCCCUGCCCCGCCCCCUGCCCCAGCCCCCCCGCACACAAGUCGGCCAAGUCCAAGUGGGACUCUGACACAGAAGAGCAAGUGGACGGACAGAAGUGAGGGGAGAGAGAGAGGAGGAAGAGAAGGAGGAGAGGAAGGAAAAUAAAAAUAUAAUUCAAGAAUUUGGAGGAAGAGGAAGACCAGGAGGUACAGGUGAAGGAAGAGGAGGAAGAGGAAUAGACUAUCCCAGAGAAGAUGAAGGAAGAGGAGGAAGAGGAGGAGGAGGAGGAGGAGGAAGAGAAGGAAGAGUGAGGCAAAGGUCUUCCCCGAUUGUUUGACCGAAGAAUACGAAGCUUUCCUUAUGAUGGUGGAUGGAGGAGGAGGAGGAGGAGGAGGAGGAGGAGAGAAGAAAGAGGAGGAAGAGGAAGAGGAGGAGGAGGAAGGAAGAUGCAAGAGAGAGGUCACAUCCCUAUAUAAAGAAGAGGAGGAAGACUACAUGAAAAUUGAAGAAGAGGAGGAGGAAAGAAGAAGAAAGAGGAUGAGAGAGGAGGAGGAGGAAGAGGAAGAGGAGAAGAAAGAACAGAAGACCCUGGAGAAGAUGAAGAAGAAGAGGAAGAAGCAAAUGAAGGAGAAGAGGAGGCAGAAGAAACUGGAAAAGAAGGCAAAGAAGAAGAGGAAGGAGAAAGAGAGGAAGAGGGUCAAGAGGAGGAGGAAGAGCAGUGAUAGUUCAGUACAAAUGGAGGAGGAGGAGGAGGAGGAGAGAAGACUUACAAGAGAUAAGAGGAAGAGGAAAUAAGAAUGGACUGCAAUAAGUGGCAGAGAGGAGGAGGAGGAGGACGAUAAACGCAUCACCUCGAGGAAGAAGAAGGAGGAGGAGGAGGAGGAAGAGGAAGAGGAACAAGAAGAGGGUAGAAGAUUCAGCAGACACUCGGAUAAUGGUGAAAGCCCCUCUUAUACUCCACCAAGAAGACUGCAAGAACAGGAGAAGGAAGAGGA